GCACAGGGCAGAGCCACGCCCAUGUGGAACCUGUUUUAAGCCCAUUUUUCUCAGCUGCAGUCAGAUUUUCACUUUCAUUUCUCACAAGUGUCAGAGUCAGGAGAGAGCCCUCCGAGGAGCAAUGGUCAAAGACAGUGAGAGAAAGCAGCAGCCUGGUAAGACUGGUUCCAGUUUGAAUUGCUAUGUUGCACUGCCAUCAGUCAUCCUGUUCUCAGCCUUGGCUUUGUACGCCUCUUGGCAUAACGAACCACGUUACAAGGAGCAACAAACUGAAAACUUCAACCCCCACAUACCCUACCUGAACCUUAGCAGAGAUACUGCAAGCCCCCUUGUCAAUGUGUCGGAUGACUUGUUGUCCGCUGAGAGAGUCAAAGAUAAACUCCCCUACCCUCCGCAUCCUGCACGCUUCCUCCAUAGGCCCCAGGUCCUGUCCACCCAGUGUGUGUCCAGGGGCAGCCACUACUGGCAGCUGGAGGCUGAGGGCUACUGGGACAUUGCAGUGGCCUACGAGAGCAUCUACAGGACUGGAAAUUCCGAGAGUUCGUUCGGCAUGAACAAGGAGUCUUGGAGCCUGACGCAUAAAGAUGGUAAACUGUUUGCCUUCCACGAUGGUCAGAAGACAGAGCUGUCUAAAUCCCUGCGAUAUCAGCGCGUGGCUGUGACUGUGGGUGUUCAGGAGGGAACUGUUAUUUUCUAUGAGGACUCAGAGUUCCCUCGAGACCUAGGAAGAGAUGGAGGCUGUGCACCAUCCAGAGGACUACCUCAGCACCUAUCACCUAUGCAACAGGAGGAGCCAGAGAUUGUGCGCCACCGUGUUAGGCGCCACCCUGUGGACAACUUCUGGAAUGGGCACGAGCCGCAGGAACCAAGAGAUUAUUCUACAUUCUAUGCCAUUAUAAUCACCCUGGGUCUCAUAUUCAUUUACAUCUUUGCCCCCCCUUCAAACUCUGCAGCCGUUGGAAUCACUCUGGAUAUGGACACAGUAAACCCUCUCCUCAAAGUGAACAACGACCACUGCUGUCCGGGUCUCAGUCGAUCAGCGCUACCCUUCACACCCCUCCCGAUUUGAUGAUAUCCCCCAGGCCCUGACUACGGAGUGCAUCUCCACUGGGAAGCACAGCUGGUUAGUGGAAACACAGGGCUACUGGGACAUCGGUGUGGCCUACAAAAGCAUCAGCAGGAAAGGAACGCUUGGCAUCAGACUUGGAACUAAUGAGUCUUGGGGCCUCCGACACAAUAAGAUGGGUCACCUUCUCGCCCUCCACAACAAUGAACGGAGGAAGAUCCAAAAAUCCCUGAAUAGCAAUAUGAUACAGAUAAUAAAGGUCUGUAAGGGGUACCAUCAGUUUUGCUGAGAAGGGACGCAGGUUGGAGAAUCUCUAUGGUUUCAAAGCCUCCUUCAAUCAGCCUGUUUGUGUUGGACUUGGCCUGUACAGUGUGGAGCCCCAAAGCACAGUCUCUAUUACCAAACUACUGUAGAGGAAAAGGUUGAAUUUUCAAUCUCAUCAGUGGACCUCAUUGGUAAAGUGCACUAUACAGGGAAUUCAUACUGGUUUGUCUUACAUUUCCAUUUCGCUAUUUACAAUUAAACUUUGCUUGUCAUGUAUAGGUUCAGAACUCAUACAGAUCAUAUAAUCUCAUCUCUGUUUUGAUGGUAUAUAUUAAUUGUACACAGCAAUUAAUUGUACAGUGCUUUUGUACAUUUCUGAAUGUACGUAUACCUAUUUAUUGCAUUUUGCAUACUUGACCAUCUCUCUACUCUUUAAAAUAAAUCACUCAGUUCAUAAACUCA